CGGUUAUGUGGAUAGCCGUUUGUAGUUCAUCAUUAAUUGCUCUCUAAUCUUUCACACAAACGAUUGUAAACUGUCUAGGGUAGAUAUCAUAUCCUCUCUUGAAUACCAGCAAUGCAUUUGUAGGCUGCAUUUGAAUCCUAAUUGUGGUUUGAAACUUGUUCGGAAUGGAUCUCACGCUACCGGAUUCUGGAUGGACAACGUGUUUAUUCACACUAGCUGUGACAACCACUUUAGGAGUUUCGAUUCCAGUAGGCAUCAACAUUGGAGUAAUCAAUGCUCCGUCAGUCUAUAUAAAAUCAUGGAUCAAUGACACUAUCUAUGAGCGCUAUGGAGUCGUCUUGUCGUCCAGUGGGCUGGAUAUGCUGUUUUCCAUAGUAGUUUCCAUUUUUUUGAUAGGAGGAGUGAUAGGAUCCUUAAGUGGUGCGAUAAUUGCUGACAAAUUCGGAAGGAAAAAAUCGUAUCUCAUUUGUGGAAUUUUACACACUAUGGGCGGCUUAUGCUUCGUGUUCUGCCGACAAUUGAUUUCCGUUGAAUUGCUUUUGCUCGGUAGAACCCUCGUUGGCCUUGCAGCUGGCUUAACAACUAGUGUUUUACCAAUGUAUCUUGCGGAGGUAUCUCCAACGAAAUUGCGCGGAACUAUCAGUACAUUGUGUGGAUUGGGUUUAACCGUUGGAGUGGUUGCUGGGCAAAUUGUUAGUCUUGAUCAAGUACUAGGAACUAAUCGUAACUGGCACUACGCUGUUGGAAGUUUCACUAUUCUGAACAUCUUUUGCUAUGUGCCAUAUGCUUGGCUACCAGAGAGUCCCAAAUAUUUGUUUAGCAUCAGAGAUGAUCCAAAGGGUACUCUCAUAGCAAUUCGUCGUUUAUUUGGAAAAAGUUCAAUCAGUGACGAUUACGUAAAGCUCCAAAGAGAAAAUACUGCAACGGCAAGCAUAUCCAGUGAUUCCGAACAGAACUUCAAAAUGAUGGACAACGAUCCAGCAACAAGGUCCAUGUGGUCAGUCAUAGCCGACCCUACGCUAAGGUUACCUCUAGUAUUGGUGUGUGCUCUGCAAGGUGGUCAACAACUAUCAGGAAUUAAUGCGGUUUUUUAUUAUUCAGUGUCAAUUUUUGAGUCGGUUGGGUUGAGCUCGACGAGUGCCAAGUUCGCCAAUCUAGGAGUGGGCUGCUUGAACCUGUUAGUCGGUUCAUUGAGUCCCUAUCUGAUGGGACAUUACAAUCAAAGGACACUUUGCUUGAUUUCUUGUUCGUUUUGUGCGUUAUACAUGUUCUGCGUAGCAAUGUUGAUUCAUUUAAUGGAUGUCAUUUCCUGGUUCAACUAUGCUAGCAUCUUUGCGAUUCUUCUGUAUAUUAUAUUUUUUCAACUUGGGUUGGGACCGAUCCCAUUUUUUAUCGGAUCAGAACUCUUCGAGCUCAGCUCUCGCCCAUCAGCCAUGGCCCUCGGAAGUCUGUCGUCGUGGGGAUGCAACUUUGUGGUUGGAAUGCUAUUUCCGCUUCUUUCAAGUGCCUGGGGUGCUUUCGCUUUUCUACCUUGUUCAAUCACCUGUGUGCUGUUAACCGUUUUGAUACUAUUUUAUUUACCCGAAACACGUGGACGUGACGUAUCCGAUGUUGUGGUGUUAGUUUCAAAAGGAUUCAAAUCAAAAGUGGUGUAGAUAACGAUGCAAACAAUUGAGAAAAU